AUGCCCCCGGGGAAAUACCCAAGUGCCCCCCGGGGGACCUGGUGGAACCUGGGGAGGGGCCUCAGCUUCUCCCCCUGGGGGUCCCUUCCCAGCCCAUCCCCCGGGGGCCCGGGGGCCAGUCCCCAGUUCAUGCCCUCCCUAUCAGAGCGGGGCCCGGGCCCCCAGAACCCCCACUCACUGGUCAGAACCACGUGGCUGGGCCCCCCCGGCCUGACCCGCCUGGCGGCCUCCUGCGAUUCCACACUUUCUGUCACGUUUAUUUUCCUUCUGCAUUUCUUCCCCCUCUCUAUUUCUGUGUGUUCCACCUCCAUCUUUCCCCUCCAGCGUUUGGCCAACUCCAAAGCCCACACGUCCCGCUUCAUCAGCGCCAACCUGCCCUGCAACAAGUUCAAGAACCGGCUGGUCAACAUCAUGCCCUACGAGACCACGCGCGUCUGCCUUCAGCCAAUCAGAGGCCUCGAAGGAUCCGACUACAUCAACUCCAGCUUCAUCGAUGGAUACAGGCAGCAGAAGGCGUACGUCGCCACGCAGGGCCCUCUGGCCGAGACCACCGAGGACUUCUGGAGGAUGCUCUGGGAGAACAACUCCACCAUCGUUGUCAUGCUGACCAAGCUGAGGGAGAUGGGCCGGGUAGGACUGGAGCAGAAGGGGGGUCCCAACCCCCGGCCGGCCACCAACCUGGGGACCCCUAACAACUCCCAUUUUUUCAUCUCCAAGACCCCCCCACCCUGCCUCCCUCCUACCUCCUCCCUUCCCUCCGCCCCCUGCCAUUCCUACCCUCCCUCCCCAACCUGCCGCCUCCCCCACCCUCCUCCCUACCUCCCCUCCCCUCCCCUUUCCCUCCCCGGCCCCUGCACCCUCCCCCCGCCUCCCUCCAACCUGUCCCCCUCCUACCUCCCAAACUCCUCCAACCCUCCCCCCCUUCCUCCUCAAAGUCUCCCGGGAAUUCCCCCAUUUCCCUCCUCCCCCGCCAGUCCUCCUCCUCACACGAUUUCCGCCAGUCCUCCUUCUCCUCACGUCUCUCCCCCUUCAGCCAUCCUUACGUAUUUCCUCCGUCAGCCAUCCUCACGUCUCUCCUCCGUCAGUCCUCCGUCAGCCAUCCUCACGUCUCUCCUCCGUCAGCCAUCCUCACGUCUCUCCUCUGCUCAGGACGGCCAGUCGAGGACCGUGAGGCAGUUCCAGUUCACCGAUUGGCCGGAGCAAGGCGUGCCCAAGUCCGGAGAGGGCUUCAUCGACUUCAUCGGCCAGGUCCACAAGACCAAGGAGCAGUUCGGCCAGGACGGGCCCAUCUCGGUCCACUGCAGUGCUGGCGUGGGCAGGACCGGAGUCUUCAUCACCCUCAGCAUCGUCCUGGAGCGAAUGCGCUACGAAGGCGUGGUGGACAUCUUCCAGACCGUGAAGAUGCUGCGGACUCAGAGGCCGGCCAUGGUCCAGACCGAGGACGAGUACCAGUUCUGCUACCACGCCGCUCUGGAGUACUUGGGGAGCUUUGACCACUAUGCAACGUAAGAAGCCACCUCCCCCUCGCCCCUCGCCUCCUGAGCCAUAGACACUUUGACCUUUUAAACGCCGAUGACACCGACCCCUCAUCCCGACACCAGAGGACCCUAUUGUAGAUUUUUAGAAGACGACGCCCAACCAACCAGUUGAGAACAAUUCCAAUUAGACUGAGGAAGACCUUGUGAGGAAGAGAGGAAAAUUGCCCCCCAUGAAGAAUAGAAGACCCUGAUCUGGACCGGAGGCUCAGAGGGAUCAAAGGUCAGGUGCUCACCUCCAGGGGUCAACGUGGAGGACAUUGUAAACACGCGUGGACAUUUCUCUUCCCAAUAACAUCUGAGUGACCAGAGAAUCCACCAAGCCGAGGUUUCCUGGGUGACCCCGACUCUGGCAGACAGAAGCAGGUCACCAGUGGAAAGGUCACCAGAGUUAACCGUCGACAUGCCGUGUUCACACUGCCCCUCAUCAUACGCAUCCUCGUGUGCAAGCAGAGCUCACAACCUCAGAGCUCACCAUCGGGACGAAAGCAACACGACCAAUCUCAACAUGUCGUAGAUUCAGGAAUUGAGAACUUGUGUAAAAUCUGUAUCCCAGGCCAGGUAACCACGGUGACGGUGAGAUGCCACCGUGGGACCACAGGAGGUCGCGACCCGGCGUUUGGCCACGGUGGGAGAAAUGCAACCGCAUCCCAUGAUGAGUUCACUCUUCUCCUUGGGACUGUUGCAUCAUGGGGCUUCGGCGUUACGAUCCACCAUUUUAAACAGCAUCUGCUGGGGGCGGAGCUCGGGGACCAACAGGAGCGACCCAACGAGCCGGCCUCCUCGUGACCCGCGCUCGACCUUCAGUGUUUCUGAUCCUCGUCUGAUGACGAACUUCUUUUCUUUCUAAACGGUCCGAACCAAACAUGCUGCUUCUCUCGAGAGAACCUGAAGAACUCCAGACGCUCGCUCUGCUCACCGCCGGCGCCAGGGCGGGUUAGACUGAGAGAGCUUCCACACGAGACCGUGAUCCAACAGAACCGCUCCGCCCAGCCUCCUCCAGUCUCUGUUCCAUUGUAAGACACUCACGAGCUCGGUUCAGGUCCACUGUGUCUGGUACCAGGAGGAGUUCUGUGUUCUCCGUGAUUCUAUGUGGGUCAUGUGGGAUCUCGAUGCCAUGAUGUGAUGAUGAAAUUCUACGGAACAACUGUCUUGCACAUCGCUAAGGGAAAGAAGAAGAACAUGUACCCCCCCCCCUAAAACAGCUGGUGUGUGUGUGUGUGUGGAUCAACCCGUCUUCAUUUCGAGGUCCGAGGUUCUGUGAGGUUCUGCUGUGCACUAAACCCAGAGUGAUGGACAGAGCGUGUAAUCUUUUCUUAUUUCCAGAAAGCCUUAUUGUUAUUGCAACAUUAUGAAUUACUGUCGUAUUAGGAUGACUUCUUCUACAUCACAUGACUUUUUAGUUUGGCUUUAGUUUUUUAACAGAAGUUGUAUCCCUUUUUUUUUAAUUAGCAGGAAAAGGGAAAUGUUAUUUGUUCAUAUUACGUUGAAAGACAUUCUAUUUUUUCACUUAAGAAAUGUUAAGUAUAACAUGUGUGUGCGUGUGCAUGUGUACCUGCACACGCACACAUUCAGAUAUAUUUAAAUGCAGAAUAUACAGAUAUAUCCAAGCACUUAGUAUUAAUGACAUUAUUCAUCCCUUUUGAUACCACCCACUUGUUAUUGGUCCAUUAGUGUGUGUGUACCGGUCCACCCUGUGCCAUUUCUUUCUUAGCAUUAACUUGUAGGCAUUAGUGUUAUUUGAUUAUUUGAGCAACUGUUGGAUGAUGAGCUGCUCUACAUGUCCUCCUUGACCUGCUGACCCCGGCUGACCUCUGUACCGAUGGCAGCCGGACAGACGACGGCCCUCACAGCUUCUCACAUCCUCUUUUACUUUGGUUCUUAUUUUCAUAUUGUGGUCGUUCAUCUUGUUGGAUAUCCACUAUGAUCUAGAAUAUACCUGUAAAUAAACAAAUAUAGAGAUGA